AUCCGAUUAUCAAUUACAAUUAUUUCUCUCUUCUUUCAAAGUGAAGUUGCGCUCCGAGAAAACGUGCCGCGACAUCUUUCGAGAUCUCGAUCGCGUGAUCGAUAUCGCGAACUCAAUGACGUUCUCGGAUGACGUCACGACUUGUUUUGGUCCCUCUCCCGCUUUCCUAUCGCGAAGAGUGGAUGACGCAUUUCUCGGUAACGACGUCGCAGAUCUGCUCCGGGCUUUCCGCUGCUCGAUUUCACGAAAAUAAUCUCACGCAGAAUUUCUGUCGCCGCGCGACAGAAAGGAAUAGACAGCGUUUCGUCAUCCACAGCGUCAUCCGUGCGACUGUUUCUCACGUUCUGCAUAUAUGGCUUUGUGACACUUGCGAGCCACGCGCGCGAGUCGCACCCCGAAGAAAAAAAAAAAAAAUGAUCCAGCCACGCGCCUCGUCGAGCGUCGUCUGCCUCCUGAUCGCGAUCGCGCAUCUCUCCACGUGCACGCGUUACAACAAUUACAACGAGUAUUCUCUUGAAAGUGAGAAGUUCUGUCAUCCUUUGAACAAGAAGCACACGCACGACUUACGCAAUGGUACCGCGGCGAUCGUCACGUCGCAUCACAUAUUCGAUCGUUGGAUCGUCAAAGGCGAUCUUAAGUGCACGUUCACCUUCAAGACCGCGAGGAACGAGGGCCUCUUCGCGGUUAUCCACAAAAUGUCUUUUCGACGUAUCGGUAAUCAGUGUUUGGAUUAUGUACGGUUUAAGAGAUCCGACGGUUAUUAUACGAACGAGUUCUGUGGAGAAAUAGAUCGCCAAUCAAUGUCUUUUCCGGUUCUUGAAUCUGAAGAUAAUUCACAUAAUAUGGAUGAUACCCUGCUGCAAUCACAUGACAAAUAUGCCGAGUUUGAUGCCAUUAAGAAAUCGAAAACAUUUUCAAUUGAACCUGUUAUAACAGAAUUCGAAACAGAGAUAUUCAUCUCCAAGGAGAGAUUGUUGGAUGGAGAAUAUCUGGAUCUUAGUAUAGUUUACACUCCAUGCAGAAGUUGCAAGAAGGUGGAUCCCGAACGAUACAAACCAGUUGGAUAUAAUGUUUGCAUUCGCAAGGAAUACCUGUGCGAUAUGAUUUACAAUUGUCCGCUCGGUAUUUGUUCGGACGAAUUUAAUUGCUCACAUACAAUCACCGAUCGGUUUCCCAGAGACGACACUGCCACAAAAGUCACUGUAGGAGCAGUCACUACCAUGAUUCUCUGCUUCAUCAUUUUCAUCAUGUGUCUGUGGAUUUGCAAGAAAUCUCGCAAGUUGUGCUGGUCAUCGGAUUGCGCCGGUCCGAACAUGUGUUCGCGACCGAAUUCCUUGCCGGACGCGGACGUAGGUCUGGGAUCUAAUCGCACCGUACCUACGGCUCCUAUGCUGGAGGUCGCGGUGUCUUCCCCGGUUGUGAACAAGGAUCUGCCUCCCAGUUACGACUCGUUAUUCCCUGAACAGAGUAAUCCUGCCAGAUUGUAAGUUAUUGAAUCUGAUUAGAAUUAAGCGCGUUGAAUAUGUCGCCUAAUGUUUUAAUUAGGCGUUAUUUUGCAUACAUCCACGUGAUGUAAAUUAAGUUGUUCUUUUUCCUGCACAUAUUUGUUCCACAAAGUGUGAACAAAUUUCGAUUGAAAAUAAGAGGGCCUUGAUAAAAAAAAAAAAUAAUGUGUAUCUAGCACCAAUUUUGAUAUCGCGUGCCAACAUGAGCUGAAUGAUAUAACUUCAGAAUAUUAUUGAUAUUACAGACAAAACAUAAUCGAGAGACGGAAUUGUAACAAAUAUGUAUAAUAGAUACUAUUUUUUAGCAACGAGUUUUAUUCUCGGACGAAUUCUCAUUUCAUGUCCCUCUUGUGAAGAAGAAGAAAGCCCUUAAAAAUCAACUAAUGUUUUGCAUAUGUCAAUUUUGAUAAAUUUGACCAAUGUGCGAUCAGCCUUCACAAUCAAAGCGCUCUAUUAUCUAUAUACAGUUACAUUACUACAUUGUACUUCUAUCAUACUAACAUCAUGUUUAUUUUUUAUAUAUUGGUGAGAUUACAUGGAAUGCACGGUUAAUACCUAAUUCGGUUAAGUUUUGUUUUUUCUUAUGUAUAACUUUAAGUUUGAGAAUUUCGAUGUUUAGUAUUAUUUUUUAAUAAAUAUUAAAGAAAAUCUAUAUUGCAAGAAGUUUGCUCAUUAAUCAACAAAAGAACAUAAUCAUGAAAUUGCUUUUUGAUAUUUAACAAAAUAUAAAUUUGCUACUUCUUACAUCAAGAUAUCGAUGCAGUAUUUUUUAAAUAUGUUAAUUAAAUCUAAAGUUAUUCCUUAUUGGUUAAC